AUGGCCAGUUUAAACUAUACAUUCCCACCAGAAGUAGACGAUUGGAAUCCCGAGCAUGGAUAUUCGGGAAAUUCAUCGCUAAGCGCCAUACCAUGGAGAGCAGCAGGUGCAGGAACGCAUUUAGGACUAACGAUGGUGUUGGAUGCCAAUUUAAAGACGUAUUACUGUUCUUCAAGUACAGGAGUGGGUUUCAAGGUGUUGCUACAUAAUCCACUAGAGACACCUAAGAUGGCCGAUUUUGCACUACUAAUGGCACCUGGUAUAGAAGCCCGAGUUAUAAUACGACCCAAAAUAUCCGACGCGUCUUUUACAAUACGAGGAAUUGAUAUUAAGAAAAGGAUGUGCUACUUCACUAAUGAAAAAGAUUUACAAUUCUAUAGGACCUACACCGAACUGAAUUGCAAACUAGAGUGUCAAGCGAACUACACCUUAUCACUGUGUGGUUGCGUUCCAUUUUACCUGCCCAAAAAUCGAUUUAAAAAGAUUUGUAGCAAAAAACAAGAAGCCUGCAGUAACGUUGCAAAAGAAGUAAUGGAAACGCCCAAUCAAAAUGGGUCUAAUUGCAAUUGUUUACCGGCCUGCUUUGAGUUACAAUAUGACGCAUCCGUUACCUUUGGCAAACUGGCCAACAGUUUCAAAAUAAAGGAACAACUAAUAAAAAAUGAGAACCCUGAUUAUUUUAUGGACAACAUGGCAGUUCUUCACUUUUAUUUCACAGAAUCCCAAUUUACAAGGAACACUAAAAGUGAACUUUACGGAUUUUCGGAGUUCUUGUCUAAUACUGGCGGACUGCUGGGACUAUUUCUCGGAUUUGGCGCACUGAGCGUUGUGGAAAUCAUCUACUAUUUAUCUCUAAGGAUUUGUUGUACUGCAAUCCGAAAACAUAAGAAAAAUAAGCGCAAAACAAAGAAGAAUGUGGUAGAAAAUAACAAUGACGCCAAACUGGCUUGGCGGCCAGCGGCUAGGAUCGGUCUCAAAUCCCAUGGUGCGUUGGGCGACGCUAGCGGUAGUGGUGGAAAGGACAUGAAGCAGGCUAGUGAAAACGGGUGUUGCCUCUGCUCGCUUAUGAAUUGCCAGUGUCCACCUAGAACCUUCCACGUGAUGCGCGCCGUAUGGAUGAAGUACAUGCCAAGAAGGGUACGAUUUAGGCCUUCUGGAAGGACAAUAGAUUAG